ACCCACAGCCCUGCUGAUCUCGGUGCACCUGUUUUCCACAGCACCCAUGGCGCAGGUGCUGGGCAUCUCCUUCACAGCCACUGAGCUGUUGCUGGUGACCGCCAUCUUCGGCCUGGUCUUCUGGGCCAUCAGAACCUCCACAUCUCGGGUACCCAAAGGCCUGAAGAGUCCGCCAGGGCCCUGGGGGUGGCCAGUGCUGGGGCACAUUUUGACCCUGGGGAAGAACCCCCACCUGGCGCUGACCAGGCUGAGCCAGCAGUAUGGGGACGUCCUGCAGAUCCGCCUCGGAUCCACCCCCGUGGUGGUGCUGAGCGGCCUGGACACCAUCCGCCAGGCCCUGGUGAAGCAAGGUGAUGAUUUCAAAGGACGGCCAGACCUGUACAGCUUCUCUUUAGUGACCAAUGGGCAGAGCAUGUCCUUUAACCCUGACUCUGGGCCCGUGUGGGCUGCCCGCCGGCGCCUGGCCCAAGAUGCCCUGAAGAGCUUUUCCAUAGCCUUGGACCCAGCCUCCACAUCUUGCUAUCUGGAGGAGCACGCAAGCAGACAGGCCAAGAGCCUCGCAGACACUUUCCAGAAGCUCACGGCAGAGUCCGGGUGCUUCGACCCCUAUGAGCAUCUGGUGCUGUCGGUGGCCCGCGUCAUCAGUGGCAUGUGCUUCGGGGGGGAACUUCCGCAGAACAGUGAGAUGGUCACCGUGGUCACCACCAGCCAGGACUUCGUGGAUGGAGCCUCUUCUGGGAAUGCCGUGGAUUUCUUUCCCAUCCUCCGAUACCUGCCCAACCCCUCCCUGAAGAGGUUUAAAGUCUUCAACCAGAAGUUCAUCACGUUUCUGCAGAAAACAGUCCAAGAGCAUUACCAGGACUUUGACAAGAACAACGUGCGGGACAUCACGAGCGCACUGUUCAUGCACGUGGAGAAGGAGUCCACGGCCAAGGGCGUCCCGAUCCCCCGGGAGAAGAUCAUCAACAUCAUCAAUGACAUCUUUGGAGCCGACGCAGUGGUCGGCAGGGAGCGGCGGCCCCGGCUCUCUGACCGACCCCAGCUGCCCUACCUGGAGGCCUUCAUCCUGGAGACGUUCAGACACAGCUCCUUCGUCCCCUUCACCAUCCCCCACAGCACAACGAAGGACACCACGCUGAACGGAUUCUACAUUCCCAAAGAGCGAUGCGUCUUCAUCAACCAGUGGCAGGUCAACCAUGACCCGGAGACAUGGGGGGACCCCUUUGAGUUCCGCCCAGAGCGCUUCCUCACCGAUGGGGAGACCACCUUGAACAAGCCAGUGUGCGAGAAGGUCUUGCUGUUUGGCCUGGGCAAGCGCCGGUGCAUUGGGGAGAUUCCUGCCAAAUGGGAGGUGUUCCUCUUCCUGUCCACGCUCCUGCACCAGCUGGAGUUCAGCCUGACGCCCGGCGUGGAGCCCGACCUCACCCCCACCUAUGGGCUCACCAUGAAAUAUGCCCGCUGCCCGCAUUUCCGGGCACAUCCCCGCUCGGCCAAAUAA